AUGCCGCCAUCGGCUUCGCCAUCGUUGCUACCUCCCGUGAUCAACCUGGUAUCGCCGCCAUCGCCACCAGAAGAAGAAACUAGCAGUCCUGAUGGGCCGCCAUCGGCUUUGCCAUCUGUGCUACCUCCCGCGGCCAACCUGUUAUUGCCGCCAUCGCCACCAAAAGAAGAACAAUCUGGUUCGGACAUGCCGCCAUCGGCUUCGCCAUCGUUGCUACCUCCCGCGAUCAACCUGGUAUCGCCGCCAUCGCCACCAGAAGAAGAAACUAGCAGUCCUGAUGGGCCGCCAUCGGCUCCGCCAUCGGCUUUGCCAUCUGUGCUACCUCCCGUGGCCAACGUGUUAUUGCCGCCAUCGCCACCAAAAGAAGAACAAUCUGGUUCGGACAUGCCGCCAUCGGCUUCGCCAUCGUUGCUACCUCCCGUGGCCAACCUGUUAUUGCCGCCAUCGCCACCAAAAGAAGAACAAUCUGGUUCGGACAUGCCGCCAUCGGCUUCGCCAUCGUUGCUACCUCCCGCGAUCAACCUGGUAUCGCCGCCAUCGCCACCAGAAGAAGAAACUUUCAGUCCUGAUGGGCCGUCAUCGGCUUUGCCAUCUGUGCUACCUCCGUGA